UCCCGUACCCGCGACCCGGCCCUGCGUGGGCGUGUCGGCGGGCGGUGCUACCCGGCCCCGCGGAUCGUGGAUUGGGCGCGGGGAGGGAACGGGGGCUGCUCCGGAGCCGGGAGUGUCGCUGCCAGAGAAAGUUUUGGGGAGGGGUGGAUAUUUUUUUUGUAAUUUUUUUUUCCCCCAGUGCGAGGAAAGGGGGUUUGGUUUGGGUUUGUUUUGUUUGCGCCGCUCCGCUCCUCGCCCGCUCGCUCUCUCCGUCUCGCCGUGGGUUUUGGGGACUUUUUCUUUCUUUCUUUUUUCUUUUCUUUUUCUUUUUUUUUUUUUUUUUUGGUUGAUUAUCCCUCUGUACCCCUCCGGCAAGUGCUCCGCCAGCCUCCUCUCGCCCCUCCAUCCCUCCCCAUGCGCCCGGGGCAGCGGGCAGCUCCGCGGCGCGUCCCCGGGAGCUGAGCUGCAGAGCGGCGCGUCCCCUCCCCGGGCAGGAUGUACACGGCCGGGCUGGCUCCUUUCUACGCCUCCAACUUCAGUUUGUGGUCAGCGGCUUAUUGCUCGCCAUCGGGGCCGGCAGCCGGCGGCUGCUUCCCUCUGGACGCCGGAGCGGCGAAGAAACCGUCCUUCUGCAUCGCCGACAUCCUCCACGCCGGCGGGGAAGCGGCGGGAGGACCCGCCGACAGCCUUCCCGGAGGUCCCGCCACCGGCAUGCCGGCCACUUUGGGAAGCGUCCACCACGGCGGUCCCUUCCACGCCACCCCCUCGCCGCUCCGGCCCACGCCCGUCGUGGCCCCCGACGCCCCCGCCGCCGCCGCCUUCCCGCCGCGCCUCUCGCCGCUCUCCGCCGCCUACCACUCCCACCACCACCGCCCCCCGCCACACCGGUCCCCCGCGGCGGCGGCGGCGGCGGCGGCGGCGGCGGCGGCGGGCGGCGGAGGAGCCCCGGCCCCCGCCCGCCUGCCGGGCGGCCACACGCACGGCUCGGCGCCGGCGCCCGCCAGCAAGGACCUCAAAUUCGGCAUCGACCGCAUUUUAUCGUCGGAGUUUGACCCCAAAGUCAAGGAAGGCAACACGCUGAGAGAUCUGACCUCCUUAUUAACUACCAGCCGCCAAACUGGGGUUCAUCUCCCCAACUUGCAGCCUUCCGCCGGCCAGUUCUUCGCGUCUCUAGACCCCAUUAACGAGGCCUCUGCCAUCCUGGGUCCCUUAAACACAAACCCAAGGAGUUCAGUUCAGCACCAGUUUCAAGACACUUUUCCAGGUCCGUACGCAGUUUUAACCAAGGACACGCUGCCCCAGACGUACAAGAGGAAACGCUCCUGGUCCAGGGCUGUUUUUUCCAACCUGCAGAGGAAAGGUUUAGAAAAACGGUUCGAAAUCCAGAAAUAUGUCACCAAACCGGACAGAAAGCAACUGGCGGCGAUGCUGGGACUGACAGAUGCUCAAGUGAAGGUGUGGUUCCAGAACCGGCGGAUGAAGUGGCGGCACUCCAAGGAGGCGCAGGCCCAGAAGGACAAGGAGCCGCUGCCGGAGCCGGAGCCGGAGCCGGAGGCCCAGCGAGCCGGCGGGCCGCCCGCCGCCGCCGCCGGGGAGCCCGAGCGCAGCCCCAGCCGUUCCGAGGGCGACAGCGACAGCAGCGACCCCGACUCCCUCGACAUGGCCCCCAGCGACACGGAACGGACUGAGGGUGCCGAGCGGAGCCUGCCAGCCGCCGGGCUCGGCAAACCGUCCGGCGGCACCGGCCUCCCCUCCCCGCCGCCCGCCGCCGCCGCCAGCCCCGAGCCGCGGAGCGGCCUAUAGACGGGGCGGCCGCGCCGCCGCACCGCGCCCGGGACCUGCGCGCUAAUUUAUCUGCCUUCUUCCGCCCCGGGAGCGCGGCAAGGCCGACCGGGCACUAGCACGGCAACGGCAGGGCACCGGCCCGGCACCGGCCCGCUCCCGCCCGCUGCCAGCGCCCGGCCCGGCCCGGGGCAAGCGGCCGAGGACGCGGGCGGAGCGGGGAGCCCUGGGUCCGGGCCGGCUGUGCGUGAAGCGGCCGCCUCUCCCUCCGGAGGAGAGCGGGAUUGCUCUGGUUUUUUUUUUUUUUUUGUUUUCCUGUUUGGUUUUUUUAAUUAAAUUUUAUUUUAUUCUCCGUCUCCCGCCCCUCGUCCUCUGCGGGAAAAUCUGAGCGAGGGACUCAGAGAACGUGCUCCGAAAUCCCUCUCUUCCCCUCCCCCCAAAACAAGUUACAAUGUGAAGUAUUUUCCCAACGUCCUCAUGGGUUGCAACGUGUUGCUUCGAAUAAUCCGGCCAAGAAAUACUGCACUGACAAAAUAUAUAAAUAUAUAUAUAUAUCUCCUGUAAAUAAAAUGUUUGCUAUGGUUUGUAA